AUAAGGCCACCCAAAACAAACACCCACACCCACACACAGGCGUACUUCAGCCCGGUGGCAGGCAGGGAGGAGGAGGAAGGCGGAUCUGUAAAAUCCACUCUGCAGGACUUCCUCGCUACAGCCGAGCAGACCCUGCAGCGCAAUCAUGGAGGACUCUGCCCCCCGUCGUAGUCGCGCUGCGUUUGCGGGGCUGGUGGGAGUGUCCCAGGUGCUGGGUUUGGCAUCAGUGGUGCUAACCGGUGUGUGGAUGGGUCACUUCCGUGGAGGUUUUGCCUGGAAUGGCUCAAAGCAGGAGUUUAACGUCCACCCUCUGUGUAUGGUGCUGGGCCUGGUCUUUCUGCAUGGAGAUGCCAUCCUGGUCUACAGAGUGUUUCACAAUGAGCCGAAGAAGAACGUAAAGCUGCUUCACGGCAUUAUUCACCUGCUCGCUCUCAUCAUGAGUAUUGUAGGUUUUGUGGCUGUGUUUGACUACCACAGGGCAGCCAAGAUUCCUGACAUGUACUCUCUACACAGCUGGUGCGGCAUGACUACCCUAAUCCUGUUCUGCUUACAGUGGCUGAUGGGUUUGUUGUUCUUCCUGUUUCCUGUUGCGUCGGCAUGGUUACGAGCCUCAUACUUGCCUGUCCACGUGUUCUGUGGCCUGGCUCUGCUGGUAAUGUCCAUAGGGACCAGCCUGCUGGGCAUCACGGAGACGCUCCUCUUCAACAUCAUGCCGACCUACUCUAAGUUCACCCCAGAGGGAGUGCUGGCCAACGUCUUGGGGAUCCUGUUGGUGUGCUUUGGAUUGGUGCUGGGACACCUGAUGACGAGGGAGGAGUACAGACGCCCACCAAACCCAGAGGAAGAAGCUCUGUCCGUCCAUUUCAAGACACUGACUGACGGGGGAUCACCAACCACGCCUUAAACUCACUCUGAAGCCUGUUGCCUCUCUGUGAUCUACAUCUACAGAGUCCUGCCAACAGACUACCUGUGCUACCAGUCUCUGUUAGUACCUGCAUACCUGUCAGAAAAUGAGUUCAGCUUUAGGUUCAAUGAAGUAAGAACAGAAAUCUGUAAUAACUGUCUUUCUCAUGUUAUUAUACCAACCAGCUCUGUCAGCUUUGUCAUGAAAAACAUUUAUACACACAUAGUUAAAGAUGUACUGUUUCACUACACAUUGUCAUAUGGAGCGUCAUGUUUGUGUAGUUGAAGGGUGCAGUUUAUAUUUUAUUGUUUCCUGUUGUGCAGUGUUCAUGGUUAGGUUGUGAUUCUCGUUUUGCUUAAAUGUGUCUUGGAUUCCUUCACUUGUGUUUUAUCAUUGUGUCUUAUCUAUAUUAAAGAUGUAGCAUCAGCCGACCCGAGUAGGUGCAGUGUUCUCCUCUCCAUCCUUUCCUCCACAGCUCUGCUCUGCUGUGUGUCGGCUUUGUGAGGACAGUUAUUGACAUUAAUGCACUCCCAGCGUCUCACCCCCAAUUUUAACCAUAUUAACUACAGUAAAUCUCACACCUAACAUAACCCUAAAACCAGGUCUUAACCCUCAGACAGACAGCGGUGUGAGAAGAUUCAAGUUGUACCUUCCACAAAAGUGUUAUUUGUUUCUAUUUUUUGGUUUCCUGUGAGAAAUAACUAAAGUCAUGAUGUGUGGAUGGGUGGUUCACGUAAUAUUUGGAAAGCUGGAAUUCAAAAUCUGUCCGUUUCAAUAUCAAGUAUUUCUCCUGUCUUUUUUUUAUCCUCAUCAAUAAGAUGCCACCACCACAACCACCAUCACCUUUUCUGUCCUCUUACCAGUCACAGAAGAUGGCUGCCAUGGGUGUUAUUUGGUGAUUGCGCUGAUGCUAUCCUUUUUAGUAAAUCUGGCACCUUAUCAGUGGAAUUAAAUUGGACUAAAAAAAGAAACCACAAACACAAAUUUCACACAAAAGAAACAAAUUUCUGCUUUGACGCUCAAAAAGAAGCUACACUACCCUCGGAACAAUUGUACAAAUCCUGCAAACGUAGCCUUUCUGUGAGCAGGGUGCAGCAUCGUGGUGCGCUGGUAGUCUGUAGAAUAGACUCUGUUCUCUGCUGGAGAGCCACGUGUUCAAAAACUGUUCUCCGCAGCCGCUGUCUACUCUCUGUGCUGCUUUUCAUGCUUUUCUGUCUCUCUGUGGUGAACAUUGGUUGAGUUCCCCUCAUGUUCCUCUCUGUGUAACUAAAGAGCCACAGGUCCACGUUCAUUUUGGGGUCAAUAUGUGACAUUAAAGGUGGUGUAAAUUGGUUGUAUGAUAAAAUUUCCUCUGCUGUUGCUCCGUCUUCGUGACCUGCAGUACCAUAAAGUGCUGUUUUCUGACAGAAUCCUAUCCGUCAGUAACUGUUCCUGUUUAAAUGCUUCAAUAACCUGUUGUGUGUAUUCAAAUACCUACAUGUAUUUUUUAAAUCUACUUUUUGUUUUGUUUUGCUCGCCUUCGGCUCGGACUUCAGUCUUUGUGCCUCAGAGAGAGCUUGGUGGAGGUUGUUCAUUUUUCUGUAAGUUGUGACAGUGUCGUUGUUCACAGGAAGUACCGAUCUUAUCAGGACAACGCGAAAUAAAAAGUGUUUGAAAUUA